UGACGUCAUCGCGCGGCCGGAAACGGCCCCGGGGGCGGCGGCGGCGCUGGGUGUGACCAUGGCGGAGCUGCAGCGCCCGCCCUUUGCCCAGAGCAUCCCUCACCUGUCCGAGGAGGAGGAGGAGGAGGAGGGGACAGGUGAGGAAGGAACAGGUGAACAGCCAGGUGAGGAGGAGGAGGAGGAGGAGGAAGAGACAGGUGAGGAGGAUCCAGGUGAGGAAAAUCCAGGUGAGGAUGAAGAUGCAGGGGAGGAAAAUCCAGGUGAGGAGGAAGAUCCAGGUGAGGAUGAAGAUGAAGAUGCAGGUGAGGAAGUUCCAGGUGAGGAUGAAGAUGAAAAUCCAGGUGAAGAAGAUCCAGGUGAGGAUGAAGAUGAAGAGCCAGGUGAGGAAGUUCCAGGUGAUGAAGAUGCAGGUGAGGAAGAGCCAGGUGAAGAAGACCCAGGUGAAGAUGAAGAACCAGGUGAGGAUGAAGAUGAAGAACCAGGUGAAGAUGAAGAACCAGGUGAGGAUGAAGAUCCAGGUGAGGAAGAUGAAGAUCCAGGUGAGGAAGAAGAUGAAGACCCAGGUGAUGAAGAGCAGCAGGACCCACCAGCCGAACCCUCCACCUCCCGCCCUCCCCCACCUGCCCCGCGCCGGCCCCGCCUUUACCUGCGGCCCCGCCCGCCCCCGGACCAACCCGGCCCCUCCCAUUCACACCUGUGGGACCCCCACCCCUCCCCUGAGCCAGGUGAGCCCGGCGCCAUCGUCCAGCUCAUCGACGAGCGCGGCGUUUACUCCACCGCCAAACUGGUGCUGGGCGGGCGCGCGGGCGAGCCAGGUGAGCGCGACCCCGCCCCGGCCACGCCCACCCAGCCACACCUGGAGAUCCGCCAGGUGAUCGUGGCCGACAAACCCUUCCAGUGCCCCGUGUGCCACAAGGGCUUCAAGCGCGCCUGGGAGCUGCUGAGCCACGAGGUGGUGCACACCGAGGCGCGGCCCUACACCUGCCACCUGUGCCAGGCCACCUUCAAGCGCCACUCGGACUUCAAGAGCCACGCCCUGGUGCACACGGAGGAGCGGCCGCACAGGUGCGAGCUCUGCGGGAAGCGCUUCAAGCGCUCCUCCAACCUGCAGGAGCACCGGCGCAUCCACAGCGGCGAGCGCCCUUUUACCUGCCCCAGGUGCGCCAAAGGUUUUAAAACCCCCUACGAGCGCCAGCGCCACGCCCUGACCCACCUGGCGGCCGAGAAACCCUUCAGGUGCGGCGAGUGCGGCAAGGAUUUCCCGGCGGCCAACGCGCUGCUGCUGCACCGGCGGCAGCGCUGCCAGGACAAGCCGCACACCUGCGGCGUCUGCGGGAAGCGCUUCACCUAUGGCCACUCCCUCAAGGUGCACGAGCGCGUGCACACCGGCGACCGCCCCUUCAGGUGCGCGCUCUGCGGGAAGGCGUUCAAGCAGAGCAACGCGCUGGCCUCGCACGAGAGGGUGCACACAGGUGAGCGCCCCUUCGCGUGCCGCACCUGCGGGAAAGCCUUCAAGCAGUCGUCCUACCUGGCCAUCCACCAGCGGGCGCACACGGGCGAGCGGCCGUACCGGUGCGAGGCGUGCGGCAAGGCCUUCGCCCGGCCCUCGCUGCUGCUGCAGCACCGGCGCGUGCACAGCCAGGUGAGGCCGCACCAGUGCAGCCACUGCCACAAGUUCUUCAAGGACCUGGCGUACCUGGCCGUGCACGAGAAGGUGCACACCGGGGAGACGCCCUACAAGUGCGGGGUGUGCGCCAAGGGGUUCGCGCACCCCUCCAACCUGCUGCAGCACCAGCGCGUGCACCGCGACACCUGAGCUCACCUGGGCAGGUGUGGGGGCAGAAAAGGUGGAGCAGCCCCGUGGAUGGAGCCCCAGGUGGAAGGACUCGGUACCUGUGAGCCCAGACAGGUGUGGACCCCAAAAAUGUGUUUUGGAACUCAAAAA